AUGGUCAUUGGCCGUUUGCGAAUAGGGUUGCACCAGCUCGUCCAACUUGUAGUACAUGAUCACUUCCGCACAGUAGUAUCAUCCAUAAAGCCACAUCAAUCCGAACCACUACAGGCCAACUUGGACUCAGCUUUGCCCGAACAAGCGCCUUCGCAGCUUAUCUCGAUCAUAAGACCCCCUUCUGUGGAUUCGGCAGAAAGAUCUUUCAAGCUUAUCAAGUCUCACCUGGCCAAGGCACACGUUCUCUAG